AUGGCCGAGCUUGAGAACCUACCGGACGAGCUCCUGCUUGAUAUCGCGCUGCGCCUUCAGCCACCCGAUCUUAAAGACCUAGCCCUAACUGCACGCAAGUUCCGCGACAUCGCGCAAGAAGCUCUCCACACUUCCAUCAGUCUGAGGAAGUAUUCCCAGUCUCUUCUGGAACUCCUCAGAACCCUAGUACAACGGCCAGAUCUCGCUAAGAAGAUCGACUACCUCCGACCAUCACGAUCGUUGCAACGUUUCACUUUAAUAAAGCGCCUAUCCAUUCCGCAAAGUGUUCUCAUCAACUCAACCCCCUACGGAUGUUCCCCUCUCCAUCCGUUCGAGGCGCUGCCGCCGAAUGUAGACUACCUUAAUGUAGCUGAUCCGACUACCGCUGUGAUAGAGUGGAUCUCCGGAGUUCUGGAUGACCGCAGCAAGCUGCGCAGCUUGAAAAGAAUAUCUCUCGACUUCGACAACGACCCGAAGCAGCGAGUAAAGGACUACAAAGAGGCUGGAGUGGAGAUUUUUGGUCGGCUGCUGGAGGCAGGCAUAUCCGUGCACUUCGAGAAUGCGAUCAUGCUGGACGCAAGCAACAUGGAGCCAAUUACGGGUGACCGCAAGGCAUAUUUCGAAGAUUUCCGCAAGAACCAUAUCCCUCAAUUCUUAUUUCGUACUUGGAGCAGCAACAGCAGUGGAGGAUCAGAACACGCAACUAACAGUGUCAAGGAGAUCAUUCCGCACGGCUUCAUGAAGAAAGCCUCUGGAAGCGGAUUCUACGACAAGCCUGAAAGUGAGCUUUUCAAAAUGGUGCGAGACCAUUACGACACCGAAUCCGUUUUCACCUCCGAAUUCAGCUCAUGGACCGCGUCACUUCACCUAGCUCUCUGCUAUGCUGGAUCCAUAGAAGAAGAAUACGGUCCCCACGUCGCAAUCAUGGACACACACCAGCUGGAUGGAGACGUCUUGGUCUGGCAUGUUCCGCACCUGUUCAAGCCCGACGGACUUCAUGAGUACUUGGCUCAUGGACCAAUCAGAGGCAUUGGAUACAAGGCCGUAUCGUACAAGACGUUAAUGUCAGCUGGUCUGGCACAGAUAUUUCCCGAGCUAUUGGAGACCGAUCUCGAUGACUGGGGUAUGAGCUUAUGA